AUGAGGAAGAACCUUCUGGAGGGUUUGGAGGUUCAGAUGCUCAUGAACUCGACGCUGGUGUUGCUGGAUGAUCUGAUGCAGAGAUUCCCAAACGCGGCAGGGGGCGGAGCUCAGGCGAAUGAGGGCGUGGAGGAAGGGGGCGGAGUCCGGCGACGAGCCCCGCCCGUUGAGCUGAAGCUGGUCCCUCUGGAGGAGGAGUCAGAGGUCACGCUGAACAGAGACAUCACCAGCGCACUGAUGCUACAGCAGCGGAUGGACCGCAGGAAAGCAGCCGUCUACCUGACACUGAGCGGCCUGCUGAUCUUCACCACAGCGUUCCUGCUGGGAUUCGUGGCGUUCCGGGGAAUGUGUCGUCUGUGCGGGAACGACGGCGACCUGAUUCCUCUGAGCGACGCGGCGGGAGCUCAACACUCGGCCGAGGGAGGCGUCAUGUACACGGCAGAGCUCCGAGAGAUGCUGAAGAAGUACCUGAAGGAGGAGAGGAUCGAGGACACACUCAGGCGUGUGAGUCGGGCGUCUCAUCCUCCGGGGUCCUCAGAAGGAAACGCGGUGGCCAGAGAAAUCCUGCAGAACCUGCAGAACCUGCGCAUGGAUCACACCUGGACCGACUCGCACUACGCCACGCUGCAGUUUCCCUCCAGGACGCAGCGGAACACGCUCUGGUUGGUGGAUUCCGAGGGGGCGGAGCUCGAGGAGAUUCCGCUGGACAGCGAGGGAUACUGCGCCUACAGCGCCACGGGAACGGCCACGGGAGGCGUGGUGUACGUGAACUACGGCCGGCGCGAGGACUUCGAGCAGCUGCGUGUGAUGGGCGUCGCCCUCAACGGCUCCAUCGCCGUGGCGAGGGUGGGAGGAGCCGUGAGCUUCGCCGAGAAGGUGUGGCUUGCGCAGGAGGCGGGGCUUGUGGGCGUUCUCAUCUACCCCGACCCCGCCGACGUCCCGCAGGAUCCACGGCGACUCGGUCUCCAUAGCGACGCCGUCAUCUCUGAACACGUGCGCUUUUAUCCCAGACGCAGUUUGCUUUUCGUCAGCUGGGAUGGAGGAGAUUUUGGGAAUGUUGGUGCCACCGAGUGGCUGGAGGGUUAUCUGACCAUGUUGCACCUGAAAGCAGUGGCUUAUUUCAGUCUGGAUCAGGCCAUCCUGGGUGAUGAUAUACUCUCGGUCUACACCAGUCCUCUGCUCGCCGAUCUCAUCGAAGGAGCCCUCAAACAAGUGGAGCAUCCCAAACACACGGGUCAGUCGAUUCUGUCUCUGGUGCGGCGGCAGGGCGGCUGGAGGAACAUAGUGAAGCCGUUGUAUCUGAACAGCGGCGCUUACAGCUUCACCGCCUUCGGAGGAGUUCCUGCCAUGCAGCUGCAUUUCACUGAAGACGCGCGUUCGUACCCGUUCGUCAACACUCAGCUGGACAGUGUGGGGCGUCUGCAGGAGCUUCUUCAGGGUCGUCUGGGGUCAGUGGGUCGAGCCGUAGCUGAGCUGGUGGGUCUGAUGGUCCUCAAACUGUCCCAUGAUCAAAUCCUACCACUGGACGUUACCUGCUACAGCAACACAGCACAGCAGCUCAGCGCCACACUCAACCAGCACACCGCUCAGCUACAGAAGUGUGAGAGGAGAAAAAUCUGA